AUGUUACUCAUAUUCCUUCAACUCUUUUCCCCAAUUUUCUCAAUAAAAUGCAUCCGCCAACAGGGUUUCAUCGAGGCGCGUCGAGUUGAGAAUUACACAAUCGGUUCUUGUCGCGGUGACUUUUGCUAUUAUUUUAAAAGCGAUGAAGAUAUCAUGGAUAGAGACUGUUUUUCGGGGUUCAACUACCCGGUUGGAUGUCACACCUAUCCGGGCAAGGGGACACUGUGCAUUUGCAAUACCAACAAUUGCAACAAAGGAUCAAUUGAUCGAAAUCACACAAUGCCAUCGGUUUGGUGCAGUGUUUUUAGUGAAGUCUUCAACGAUCAUUUCCACGAUCAUUCUCUUGUGAAUGCGCUCGCGAGAAAGAGUCAUCCAAUUUGCAUUGUCAAUGGGGAAAUUGUGCUAGACGAUGAUCAAAAAGUGACAACUCUCAAAUUGUCCGGAACCAUUCCCGAUCCCCAUUUUUCUUAUCACACCGAUGCCACUCCAUUACCCGUCGGAAAUCAACCGGAUCUCAUUUGGAGUUUCACUUACAACGGUGGUUUCUAUGCUCUUCAAAAAGAUCCCAACACAAUCUCUUAUUUUGGCCGUUGCACAAACAACUAUUGUAACUAUUUCACCUUUUCUUAUAUUCCACGAAAUGGCACAAAAUGUGUUCUACCAAAUGGUGGAGAGUGUGAGGGAACAUUUUGUGUCUAUGCAAAAGGUGAAACGGAUCUCAUUCAAAAGGAAACACAUCAGAUCGAUGGCCAAUCAGUUACAUCACAUUUUUUGGUGGGAACUCAAACGAAAUCAGCACAAUAUUGCCUAUCACAAAAUGCCUCCAACGCUGAAUUCCCCAUUUUGCCAGGCAUCUACAAAUUUCGACGAGUGAUUUUCUAUGUUUGUGACGAGAAUUACUGCAAUUUUGAUGAAACAACCGCCAUUCUUGCCACUCAAAACACAACAAAUACGUAUCAGUCAGGUUUGGAGAAAGGUUUGACGAGAGUGAUCUCUCGUCCAUCAAUGCCCCCACCGCCAUCAAUUCUUGGUGAUGGGAAUUGGACAGUGCCAACAAGUGGAUACGUUGAUGAAGAAGAAAAUCGAAAGGUU